UUAUUUUCAGUAAUACAGUAUAGCUCAUUACGAGCAGUGUCUCCCAAUACUCCUUCUCUUUAUAAACCUAAAUGUGGUGUUAUGCCGCAGCGUCUAAAAAUCGCAUACCUAUUUCUGUUGGCAUGCAUAUCGAUAAAGACUUUAAAUGGGCUUCCUGUCUCAGGCGAGUCAAGUAGCCAGGUGUACUCCGAAAAUGAAUUGCGUGAGAGAAAGGCCAAGGAAAUGCUAAGCUAUAUGAAUGACACCUCAGAUCCAUGUGAAGAUUUCUAUGAAUUUGCCUGUGGCAAUUAUGCCCAACAAAAUCCCAUACAACAACAACAACAGUAUGGCAUAAACCCUCUCGAGAUAUUGGACAUGGACAUGAGAAAGAAACUGAAAGAGAUGUUGGAGAAAAAUUCCACCAAAGAUUCCCUAAGUACCAGGCAAGUAAAAAACUUUUAUCGAUCCUGUUUACAUACUGAGAAAUCGCAGAGUUCUUAUGCAGCUAAACUAAGGGAGCUCAUUAAUGAAAUUGGCACAAUGCCAUGGAUGAAAGAGGACAUCACAGGGGCGAAUGAAGACAAGACAUUUGAUUGGUCUCACAUAAUAACGCAAAUUCAAUACAAUACAGGCAUUGGAAUUAUCAUGGAUAUUUCUGCCGAUAGAGAUUUCAAAGAUCACACCAAAAUCCGGCUUUAUGUGGGAGAGCCUAAGUUUGCCUUGCAACAGAAAUCCCUUUAUCUUGAGCAGGAAUUUGAACGAGAAAGACAGUCGCAUAUAAAAAGUAUGGUCACUACAUUGGAAUCCAUUUUCGGUGAAAACGAGGAGGAGGACGAAGACGAGAUCAUUUGGAAAGUUGCUGAGGAAAUUCUGGAUUUUGAAAUUGCCUUGGCCCAGCAGAUGUCAGAUGGCAGGGAGAACACACAACUUGGCGAAUUGCUGAACCUAACGGAGGUAACAGAUUUAAAAAAGAAAUUUAAAAACCAUUUAGAUUUUGAAAAGGUCAUUAGAGAAACCAUGGGCUUUGUGCCCCACGAGGAUAUCUAUGUACAACAUGCCUAUAUUGAGAAUGCCUUAACGAUUAUUUCCCAAACACCAGCCAGAAUUGUGGCUAACUACAUAUUUUUCACCUAUGUCAACAAAUUCGUAUUGCCCUUUGCCAGGAUGAAUAGAGAGGGCUUUUGGCUUUCCUGCCUGGAUGUAACCAAAGAAUAUUUCUACAAAAAACUGGACAAUAUGCUGUAUCGUAAUUCCUUCGACCCAGAAAUGGUGAUGGCCAUUCAAGGAAUGUGGCUAAAAUUAAAGGCCACUUUUGGAGAAAUCUUUCUAUCGCCCAGACUCCAAUGGAUGAAGAGGCAAACCAAAGAUUAUGCCCUACAAAAACUAAAUAAGAUACGUUUCGAAAUCAAAAGUUAUGCUACACACAAUUUCAGCCAGGAAUAUUCCGAGUUAAAUCUCAAGGAUAAUGAUUACAUAGAAAAUUUGAAAUCGCUGCUUAAGUGGCGUGCCAAAAAUGCUCGAAACAAUUUUAAUAAAAACCAGCAUUCGAUUGAUUAUGGAGCUACUUCCUCAAAUGGUCCCAUAUAUUCUGAUAUGGAAAAUUCCAUAAACUUGCCAGUGGGGUUUUUGCAGCCUACAUAUUUCUGGUCUCCCUCCUAUGCUCAGGCUUAUAAUUUUGCAACCUUGGGCUCAGCCAUAGCACAUGAAAUUAUUCAUGCCUUCGAUGAUAAAGGUUGUCAUUUUGAUGCUUUGGGUAAUGAGAGACCCUGGUGGGACAUUGAAUCGGAACAAGAAUUUCAAGAACGAAAAAAAUGUUUCAUUGAUCAAUAUCAAAAAUACACCAAUCGCAGUGAUAUUCUGGUGCCGGCGAAAGAAAUGCAAGGAGAAAACAUAGCCGAUAAUGGAGGCAUCCAUUUGUCAUAUACGGCCUAUAGUAAAUGGCUGGAAACGGCUGCAGGCGCACAGGCAGAAAUGGAAAACUUUCCAGGUCUUAACUACACAGCCACACAAUUAUUUUUUAUCAGCUAUGGCCAGGUUUGGUGUUCCAACUUAGAUUCCGAGUAUGACGAUAUACAACAAGCGACCGGUAAUUAUGCUCCGGAAAGAUUUCGAGCAAUAGGUCCGGUAUCCAACUAUGAGGAGUUUGCAAAAGCAUUUCGGUGUCCAUUAGGUUCAGCAAUGAAUCCCAUAAGAAAAUGUGUAAUUUAUUAAAGCACGAAAAAUAAAUGAAGGAGAAGAAAUAAAUAAAAAUAAUUAAAAAUUAUAUUUAAUUUAAA